AUGCGCAGUACUAAUCGUGUUUCCGGUACGGAUCAAUACAUCGCGCGUGAACUGAACUCACCUAGAAACGCAGGAAGAGGAUGAAUACCGAAAUGUUUUUGUCAUGGGUCUAUAACCACCCAGAACUUUAUGACAAAAAUCACAGAGAGUACAAAAAUAAUGACAAAAGAGAAGCUUUGUGGAAAGAAUUGGCAGAGAAAAUGGGAAUCUCUGCGGACGAUGUUAAAGCUAAGUGGAAAAACCUACGAGAUACCUACACGAGGAGAAAAAGAGAAGAUUCAGAGUGUCAUAAUGAGCAGGCUGCAAAAAAGAGGAAGCCAUGGAAAUAUAUGAAAACAUUGGAGUUUCUUGCAGAUUUCAUAGAAACAAAAAGUGUUCACAACAACAUUGAAGAACAUAAUGAUAGUGGAAAUGAAGAAGCCACCUCCAGUUCUGGGGCAUCAACGAGAAGUUUGGAGAACCUGACUCACGUGUCAGCACAAAGAAAGAGAAAGCAACCAGAGACUUUGGACUUAUUGGAGAGAUACCUUGAAAAUAAGCAACAAAGAGACAGAGAAAGACAGGAACAAAGAGACCUUCGUAUGGAGGACGACGUAGGUCUCUUUAUGCAAAGCUUGGUUCCAGUCAUUCGAAGACUGUCCCAUGAUACUCGUUCUACACUUAAAUUUCAAAUUCACACACUCGUACAUGAAGCUGAGUGUAGAGAACGGGACAUGAGGGCUUCUUCUCAGCAAUUAUCAAUGUCCUACCACAGUUCACCUCCACAGACACCACCACAGUAUACUGUAAAAAGUGAAGACUGUUCCACUUAAAAACAAUUUACUACAAUUGAUAACACCUAAACAAUACGUUUUAUAAACUUACAUGUUCUCACUUGGAAGUGAAAAAUUUAAGGUGA